AUGCCAUUUAUCAAGGCAAUAAUCUUAUCAGAAUUAGAAGACGAUGUUGAAAUCUAUAAAUACAUUGCAAGAGACCUAGAAUUCAAGAACGAAGUAACUGAGAACUUCUUAAAUGGUCUUAGAGGUGGUAUGAACGAGCUCUACACAGAUUUCAAGGGGUAAUUGAAGAAACUGGGGGAUUGCCAAAACUUUGAAGUCAGUGUAAUGUACAACUAGUACUUCGUAAGGAAAUAGCAAAUUGGCAAGAAUAUUCUACUCAUUCUGAUAUGUGAAACUGAAAGCUUAGAUAUGGGAGCAUUGAAUUUGCUUUGCCAAGACUUCAAAACAAACUUCUAAAAGGUUGAUAAAUUCAUUGAGGAUAUUGCAAACAAACUAUGA